AUGGAUCAUUUAACAUCAACUAAGAUUAUCAACGCAGAUGGAAGCUCAGGAGGGUCUGCCAAAGUUGUUACUGAGACAGUGACCACUUCAACCAGGCUGACUUCAUUACCUCCAAAUUUUACCGUUCGUCCACCAGAGGGCGGCAGCAGUUCUGUUCGAGUGGUUUCCUCUAGCAGCUCCUCUGGCGGAGGUGGGGCAGUAGCGGAGAAGAGAGUCAUCACUCAAAGCAGCGGAGGCGGUGCCAGCUAUGUCAUCUCUUCCUCCUCCAGUGGUCUGUCAGUAGAGAGUGAGGAGAGGGCAUCAGCUGCCACAGGUGGGGGUUCCUCCUCCACAGUGAGCGGCAGCGCAGCUUCAGCCUCGGGGGGCACCUCCAACAGAACCUCCGCCCGAGCCGUCUCUACCGGCAUCACCACCACAGGGGGCUCAUCUUCCUCCUCGUCCUCGUCCUCAUCCUCUGCCUCCACCUUGCUGGAGGGGCUUGUCACAAGAGUGGGUAGCCAUUCCUCUUACCUCUCAGCAGGAGCAGGAGCAGGAGCAGGAGCAGGAGCAGGUAGCACCUCCUCUUACCUCUCAGUGUCAGAAGGAGCAGGUGGAGGAGAAGCAGCAGCAGCUGGAGGGUCCAGCUCGGUCACCGUCACCAAGUCCAGCAGCACCUCCACCAAGGAAUCUUCAUCUUCUGCAUCCACCGGAGGUGAAGAAGAAGGAGGAGAAGGUUCUAGUUCCACCACCGUCACUAAAUACACCUCGUCUUCAGGAGGAACUUCCUCUUUGAGUGCAGGAGGCGGAGGCGGAGGAGGAGGAGGAGGAGGAGGAGGGAGUGGAAGCUCUUCUGUCUUCACCAAGUACAGCACCAGCUCAGGGUCUUCAUCAGCCAUGUCUUCCUCAGGAGGAGGAGGAGAGGUGACGUCCAGCUCCAGGAUCAUCACCAAGUACAGCUCUGCCAUCGGAGGCUCUUCCUCGGCCAUGAUGUCUGGUGGCGGGGGGUCUGGCAGCCUCACCAAGUACAGCUCUGCCAUCGGGGGGUCGCUGGGAACAGCGGGCGGAGGGGGGUCCAGCUCCGCGACCGUCACCAAGUACAGCACCUCCUCCAUGGGUAUGGGUGGGGGUGUGGGUGGAGGUGGGGGCGGAGGUGGUGUUGUGGGCGGCAGGAAAGUUUCGGCCUCCUCCGCCGCCUACUCUUCACCCCCCGUGGAGAAGAAGAUGAUCCUCAAGACGCGCUCGGGAAGCUAUGAAGGAAGUUCAAGCACGAACUCGUCCCCAGAGUACACAAGGAAGGAGUAUGGUGCGGCCACCAGAGGGCGUACCCAGACCAGAGAGAGUGAGAUCCGGGCAAGACUGCAGAGCACCUCACCCUCCUCAAGAUGGACUGAGCUGGGAGAUGUGAAGAGGCUGCUUAAGAGUCGUUCUGAUAGUGUCAGUCCUCCACGCUCCCCGACAAACACCCUCCCCAUCCCCAAGAAGGCCAGCGUCUCUGACGUGCAAUCAGUCCAGUAUGACAGCUCCACUCUGGAGUCCACCUACAUGUCGACGGGGAGCUUCGGCUACCACACCAACCCCAACAACCUGAGCUCUUCCACCGCCCUGCAGGCCAGCGCAGUCUAUGGAAUGCAGAAUAACCUGGCGGCCACCACCGGGGGCGCUAUGACUGCAAAUGGUCUCGGUGCUCACACAGUGUACGGCGUUCAGAAGAAUGUUGGAAGCGUUGGAAUGUCCACCACAGCAGUGGUGCCCAGUAGCCCUACGCCCAGUGACGACGUCUUCUCCAAAGACUUCAAGUUCAUGCUGCUGGAGAAGGACAACGCGCCGGUGAAGAAGGAGACUGAACGUCUGAUCAUGUCUAAGGACAGCGGCAAGCAGUUCACCGCCAUUUCCAAUGGUGGUGCAGGCUCAUACGCUGAGGACUCCCUGAAGAGGGAGAAGAUGAUGGUGUCCAGAACGUCUGAGACUAAAGCUAAAGCUGACACUAGCAUUUCAUUUACAAAAGCAGCAACUAAGGACAAGGCCACUUAUGCAGAGAUCCGUAAGGACGAUGAGGAUGAGGACGGGGCGGGAGCCUUGGCCUUCUGCUCCUGGUGGAAGUGGCUGCUGGGGGUGCUGCUCCUCUCCCUCCUGUCACUGGGCCUCCUGUGUGGCCUCAUCGCUUUGGCGGACGACGUGAAGAAGCUGAAAGCCCGCGUGGACGCGCUCGAGGGCGGCUCUGUCUCCUCCGCCCGCUCCAGCAGCCGCCUUCCGUCCUCCUCGUCCACCGUCAACCUCGUCGACCCGCUGGACACGGCGUACGCAGAGCGGGCCGGCGGCGGCGUCGUCCGCGCGGACAACACCAUCAACCUGGGCUCUGGUCCCGCCCAGGGCCCGGCCGCCGGCGCCGUGGACCCGGUCAGCCUGCAGAGAACCAUCCAGCACCUGCUGAGAGCGGAGCUACAGUCCGAGUCAGUGCGAGGUUCCCUAGCCUCUUCACUGAGGGGUGAGAGAGGAGAACCUGGACCUAAAGGUGAACAUGGAUCUCCUGGAGCUAAAGGAGAAGCAGGAUUCCCUGGCAUGCCAGGUCCUCCUGGCUUGCUGGGGCAUUCUGGACAGGAAGGAGCUAGAGGCCCCAAAGGAAGUCAAGGUGAAGGAGGUGCUGACGGGCCGCCUGGCCAGAGGGGCCGAGAGGGACCAGCAGGGCUCCGCGGGGAGCCCGGGCCUCCAGGCAUCGGAGACAAAGGAGAGAGAGGUUCCUCAGGAGAACCAGGUGCUCCAGGGUCUGCUGGGCCAGUGGGUCCAGUUGGUCCCAAAGGUGAAGCAGGAGGACAUGGUGCCCCCGGUCUUCCAGGCACUCCUGGUCCUCAAGGUUUCCGUGGAGAUGCUGGAGAACCAGGGUCAAAGGGUGACAAAGGGCCCGCUGGUCCUAAUGGAAACAAAGGUGAUGCUGGUGAGAAGGGACCUCGAGGUGCAGGAGGCGAGCCAGGCCAGCCUGGACCACAAGGACCACCUGGUGAGAAAGGACCCAAGGGAUCUGUCGGCCUUCCUGGUGCUGAUGGUGAGAAAGGCCCCCGAGGUGAACAGGGACAAAGCGGGUCGCAAGGAGCGAGAGGACCUGCGGGCUCACAGGGAGAUGCAGGAGCACCAGGAGCACCCGGUCUUCAGGGACCUCCAGGUCUGGCAGGAAUUCCUGGAACGCCUGGAAGCAAAGGAGAAGCUGGGGAACCCGGUAGAGUUGUUAAUGCAGCUGGAUCUAGUGCCGUAGCCAUCCCCGGACCCCCAGGUCCGUCUGGAACUCCUGGUCCUGCCGGUCCCCCUGGUUUGUCAGGUCCAAUCGGUCCUGCCGGGCUUCCUGGAGAGAAGGGUGAAAAAGGAGAGAAGGGAGGGAAAGGAGAUGACGGUGAGCCUGGAGUUUCAGCGAAGAGCAGCGGGAAAGACAACGAUGCUGCGAAAGCUACACCUGUUCCUGGCCCGCCAGGGCCCCCUGGACCUCCCGGCCCACCUGGAACCGCAGGCCCACCUGGUUCUCCAGGUGAGGGUAAAGCGGGUCCUCCUGGACUUGCUGGGCCACCUGGAGAGCCAGGACCUCCUGGUCCACAAGGGCCAAGGGGAGCGCCAGGAGAGCCAGGCCUUGGUGUCCCUGGGCAGCCCGGCCCUCCAGGACUCCCAGGAUCCCAAGGCCCAGAGGGCUCAGAAGGCGCCGAGGGACCUCAGGGACGGGAGGGGCCGGAUGGUCCAGAAGGCCCACAGGGUGAAGCUGGUAUUCCCGGUGCCCCUGGAAUCCCUGGUUAUUCAAGCAAUCAAGGAUCACCCACACCCGGUCCACCCGGCCCCCCAGGGUCACCAGGGUCAGCAGGGUCACCAGGGCCUCCCGGAACCCCAGGGUCACCAGGGCCUCCGGGUCUGACAGACCCUGGAUCUGUUGGCCAACAAAUAGCUGAAUACCUCCAGAGUGACGGGAUUAGGAACUACCUGGCGGGGCCCCCCGGAGCCCCGGUACCCCGGGACCCCGGCCCUGCUGGAUACCCUGGAGCUCCUGGUUCUUCUGCAGACACCUCAGUGGAGGAAGUAGCUGCACGCGUCCUUGGCUACAUUCAAAGAGAAGAUGUGAGGAGGAUUUUGAUUGGUCCGCCUGGUGCCCCUGGUCUGCCUGGUACCCCUGCUGCGCCUGGUGCAGGUUCCUAUGGAGCAACUGACCCACAGGAAGUGGCUGCACGUGUCCUCAGCAUGCUGAAUGCUGUUGGUCUUAGGGGAUCCCCUGGCCCUCCAGGUCCACCUGGGCCUCAGGGGCCGCCCGGCUCAGAGAGGCAAGGACUGGUGUCUUACGCCUCAAAUGAAUACCAGGGCAUUCAGACCGAGAUCGAGAAGUACUUCAACAGUCAUAAGUUUAGUGGCGCCUUGGCUGGACCGCCAGGGCCUCCCGGUCCUGCAGGGCCCCAGGGCCCCAAGGGAGAGCAAGCCAACGCUGGAUCCCGCCAAGCUCACUUCAACCGAGGGCCUCAGACCGUAGACUACCCCGAUGUGGCUCUAAGAGUGACGGACUACAUCAAAUGGUGA